GACAGCUGGGGACAGCUGGGUCCUGGCCAUCCCCAACCCAGCCUCAGAUCCCCACAGCCAGUGCAGAGCUCCUGGUGCAGGACCCAGAGGGAUUUUGGCAGAUCUGCAGCUUCAUCCCCCUUUGGCCAUAACUUUGUACUCAAGACAUCGUAUUCCACAGCUCCAUCUGCUCCGUGGAGCUCUGCCACAGCUCUGUCUUUGCCACUGCUCUUUGGAGGGUUUGUCCUUGAACCUUUCCAUCUCUGGAGGCCAAAUCCUGCCCUAAACUGCUGGAUGUGCUUAAUCCUGGGUAUUCCUGGGGUUUUUUGCCCUCUGGGUUUGUAUGGAUUGCUGUCUCCUGACCUCUGGGGCAGCUCCCUCUGGCAGCCAGGCUGUGCUCCCUGCUCUGGCAGCGGUGGGGCAGCGGGAGCAGAACUAAAUUUAGACAAUGAGCUUCAGACACUUGUCACUUGUCAUAAACGAAGGCAGGGCCCUGUAUGUCCCCCUCGUGGGGCUGUGCCCCUGCAGCACUUGGGAGAAAGCCCUUGGCAAGCAGGAGGGAGCACGGGAUGGCAGGAGAUGGGAAACCACCCCAGCCUGAGCAGUGGGUGCAGGACAGGGGCACUCCGUGUUCCCAGUCCUGUCCAGGGGAUGCUGUAAGGAUGGACUGACAGAGCCCCAGCAGUUUCUUCUCCGCCCAAGGGCUGAGGGGCUCAGCCUGCAGGGAAGGAGCCGUUUUUGGACACAAACAUCCCUCUGGCUGCGGUGAGGGGAGAGGAGCUGCCGCGGCGGCGGAUCGAACCCGCUCCUAGAGGGGAAAAUACCGCUUCGGUUUGGUGGCUAAUUAGAUAUUUACCAGGAAGGAAGGAAAGAUAUAAAUAGGGUGACAGUGACUUCAAAGGGUGUUUUUUGACUUCUAAGAAUAACACCUUUGCUGGCGCCGAUUUCGGGAAUAUCGGCUGCGCCUGGGUGUGAAAGACGGAGGAGGUGUCGCAGCUCGGUCGGCAGCCAAGGGAGCAAACCCAGACCCCAGCCCCCGUCCGGCCCCACGGGACCAGCUGAGGAAGGGACAGAGCCCGUGGAAAGCUCAGCUGCAUCCGCAGGGACACAGCAGGGGGAGUUUGGGGAACACCGCCGGUGCUGCAACGCGGGCAGGAGGGGACGUGUGGCACCAUGGGGACCCCAUCCCCGUCCCCGUGGGCGGUGCUGGCGCUCACCCUGGCUCUGGUGGGACUCUGGGCUCCCUGUGUGGUGAGCAGGCAGCCCAACUUCAUCGUCAUCCUGGCUGAUGAUGUGGGCUGGGGGGAUCUGGGAGCCAACUGGGCGGAGACGAAGGAAACCCCGCAUUUGGAUCAGUUGGCUGCCGAAGGAACAAGGUUCGUGGAUUUCCACUCCGCUGCAUCCACGUGCUCCCCGUCCCGCGCCUCGCUGCUCACGGGGCGCCUGGGGGUGCGCAACGGGGUCACCCACAACUUCGCCAUCAGCUCGCUCGGGGGCCUCCCCCUCAACGAGACCACCCUGGCCGAGGUCCUGCGGGAGGCUGGCUACAGCACCGGGGCGAUAGGCAAGUGGCACCUGGGGCACCACGGCCGCCAUCACCCCAACUCCCGCGGCUUCGACUACUACUUUGGGAUCCCCUACAGCCACGACAUGGGCUGCACCGACAGCCCUGGCUACAACCUGCCGCCCUGCCCGCCGUGUGCGCGGCACGGCGCCGCCACCAGCAGGGUGGCGAGGAAGGACUGCUACACAGAGGUUGCCCUGCCUCUCUUGGAGAACAUCACCAUCGUGCAGCAGCCCGUGGAGCUGGGCAGCCUGGCCAGGCGCUACACGGAGGAGGCGGUGCGGUUCAUCCAGAGGGCCAGUGACAGCGGCCGUCCCUUCUUCCUCUACCUGGCCCUGGCCCACAUGCACGUCCCGCUGACCCCCCCGCUGCCCCCCGCUCCGGGCAGGAGCAUCUACGGAGCCUCCCUGAGCGAGAUGGAUGCGCUGGUGGGACGGAUAAAGGAGGUCGCUGACAGCCUCGGGAAGGGCAGCACACUCCUGUGGUUCACAGGUGACAAUGGCCCCUGGGCUCAGAAGUGUGAGCUGGCGGGACGCCUGGGGCCGUUCGUGGGUGCCUGGCAGAGGCAGCGAGGUGGGAGCUCAGCCAAGCAAACGACCUGGGAAGGAGGGCACAGGGUGCCAGCCCUGGUGUACUGGCCCGGCCGUGUCCCUGCCGGGAGGACGAGCCACGCUCUGCUCAGCAUCCUGGACAUCUUCCCCACGCUGGUGGCCCUGGCUGGGGCGGCGCUGCCCCCGAGCAGGCGCUUUGAUGGCUUGGACGUGUCCCCAGCUCUCUUUGGCUGGUCAGACGUGGGGCACAAGGUUCUGCUCCACCCCAACAGCGGUGCAGCCGGGAAGGUCGGUGGGAUCGAGGCGCUGCGGCUGGCUCAGUACAAGGCGUUUUACACCACAGGAGGGGCCGUGGCCUGUGAUGGCAGCACGGGGCCGGCGGAGCGGCACCAACCACCCCUCAUUUUCAACCUGGACCGUGACCUCCAGGAGCAGGAGCCUCUGGAUGUGGCAUCCAGGGAGUACCAGGCAGUGCUGCCUGUGAUCAGCAGGGCUUAUGCCCAAGCUCUGCAGGACAUUGCAGCAGACAAUGUCUCGGUUGCAGAUUAUUCCCAGGAUCCAGCUGCAAUUCCCUGCUGCAACGUGCAGCUCGUGGGCUGCCGGUGCCACGGGGCUCACGGGGCCACACAGGAUCCCCACGUGGAAGAGAGAACACCACGGCUUUGUCUUUAAGCAAUAAUUGCUCAGGCUGCUCCUUUCCCAAGUGUGGUGUCUGUGGACUCCAGGCUGGAGGUGGCCAUGGAGAGGGAUGGAGGCUGUGGUUCCCUUUGCUCCGUGCUGGGAGGAGGGAGGUGAGUUGGGUGUGGGUCUGGGGGAGCACACAGAGGGUCCCCCUUGGACCCUGGGCAUGUGGAAGGCUUUUUGUGGGACUCUUUAUCUGGGAAAUAGACAGCUCUGGGAUUAAAACUACCUUCUG